UCGGUUGCAGUGUAAAGCUGUGCGGAUGAAGAUGGCGUACCUAUAUAUGUGAUGCGGUGCACGAGUCGACGCGAGUGUUUAGACAACCCUCAGUUUUGUUAUAGGGACCUAGUGUUAGUACUACAGUUAGUGUUGUGGUACGGCAGUGUGUUGUCGUGCUAUCGAGGAUACAGCGGCUGCGAGUCGAUACAACUACAGUAUAUACUACCUCGGCUACACUGCCUGGAUCUUUGUCAUUGCACGGAGUUUAUAUGAAUCAGACGAGCAGAAAUGUGGAGGCGAUGGCACGGCAGUAGUGGGGGAAAACUCCAUAGAGGCAAUGUUUAGCCAGUAACUACACCCGUGUCCGAGAUCGCCCGGGCCCCGGAGACGGAGCUUCCUUUUGGUUGAUCUGACAUCCGCUUUGGAGACCGUGUUUUGGUCCACGCCGCAGACACACAGCUUUUCUGGCUGGUGUAGAUAUCAUACAGGAUAUAUAUACUUAUUAAUAUAUAUAUGUAAUUAUUUUGUCCGUGAAGAUUUUCACCGAGAAAUCUUGGGUAGACUAAGAUAAUGGCGAAGUGCCUGAUGGGUUAGUACCUACACCUGAGUACUUAGGCGGGGAUGUUACAAACAUGCCUGUCCGGCGCGGUCACGUGGCGCCCCCAAAUAUUUUCAUCGACACUAUCAUCAGAAAAUUCGACGAACAAAAUCGUAAAUUUGUGAUUGCGAAUGCCCAAGUUGAGACGUGUCCAAUCCUCUUCUGUAACGAUGGGUUUUGUGAACUCACAGGAUCUUCUCGAGCAGAGGUCAUACAAAAGUCGUGCAUCUGCGACUUCCUGCAUGGCCCGCUCACCAGCUCCUUUGGGAUUCUGCAGAUCAAAGAUGCAUUGCAAGGGUCAGAAGAGAAGCAGGUGGAAAUUCUUUACUACCGCAAAGAUGGUUCUAAAUUCUUAUGCAGUGUUCUGACAGCCCCUGUGAAGAAUGAACAAGGGGAGGUAAUCAUGUUUAUCAUCAAUUAUGAGGAUAUCUCGGAGCAUGCCACUACUGCCAUCACCAAACCAGAAAACAAUGUCAAAAUCAGUAAAUCAGGUCGCCACCGAAGCUUCAAACUACGCCUGCCAUCAAUACGACGAGAUUUCAACAGGUUUAAGUCUUGUGGGAUGGACAAGAACCCUGACCCUGAGAACCCCCCCAUUCCUGAGGAGGCCGUCCCUCUCAAUUCCCUUCCAUACCUUGACAAUGAAAUUCCGCCAAACUCGCCAAUUUUCCGUUACAAAAAGACCGGUUCAGACAUUCCAGCCCCAAACUCCCGUACCGGUGCUUAUAUCCGACGUGCAUCCUCCAUGGAAGGCCUUGAGGGCGAGCAGUUAACACCUGCUUCAGACAUAUAUCAUAUUGCCAAUGGUCGGGCGCGGGCCUACACCGUAGGGUCAUGGACAGGGAACCAUGUGAAGUCCAACUGUAUCAAUCAAACAUGCAGUGACUCGGAACUUGCCAAACAUAGGACUAAACAGAUGACGGACAGCUCUGGAAACUUGUUAGCAGACUCUCUCCAGAUGGGCUGGACCCCCGAAAGGGACGGCGGUAUGGCAGGGUCUGGUAAAGGAGUCUUUCUUCCCAACGUUCAAAAUAUGAAGCAUAACGUGUCUGAAAAGGUGGCGCAGGGAAGUUCGGUCAAGGCCCAGAUAGAAGAAAUGGUAUUGUCGUUGGGGGCGGACGUGUUGCCGGAGUAUAAGUUACAGUCGCCCCGUAUUCAUCGCCUCACUAUCCUCCAUUAUUCUCCGUUUAAAGCCGUGUGGGACUGGAUCAUUCUUCUCCUUGUUAUAUACACAGCUAUAUUCACGCCCUACGCGGCAGCGUUCUUAUUGAGCGAAGAAAAUAGCCGCAAUCGUGAUGGCAACAAAAGUAUUGAGGUCCGCUACCAGAACCCUAUGACCAUCAUUGACUUGAUUGUUGAUAUUAUGUUUAUUAUUGACAUCCUAAUAAACUUUAGAACAACUUAUGUAAAUAAAAACGAUGAAGUGGUUAGUCAUCCGGGUAAAAUUGCUGUGCAUUAUUUCAAAGGAUGGUUUCUUAUAGACGUAGUGGCCGCUAUUCCAUUCGAUCUUCUACUGUUUGGAUCGGAGACAGAUGAGACAGCAACACUGAUUGGAUUAUUAAAAACAGCUCGUCUUCUCCGAUUGGUUAGAGUAGUUAGAAAAUUGGACAGAUAUUCCGAAUAUGGUGCAGCUGUUUUGUUGUUGCUAAUGGCAACAUUUGCACUGAUAGCCCAUUGGCUAGCUUGUAUAUGGUAUGCCAUCGGUAAUGUUGAAAGACCUCAUCUUCCUCCGCCAAAGAUAGGUUGGCUGGACCAGCUAGCGGAACAAACUCAUCAGCAAUAUGUCAAUGGGACAGGUGGACCAACAAUAAAAUCAAAAUAUGUGACAGCCCUCUACUUCACCUUCAGCAGUUUGACCUCUGUGGGCUUCGGGAACGUGUCCCCCAACACAAACUCAGAGAAAAUCUUCUCCAUUCUCAUCAUGUUGAUUGGAUCAUUGAUGUAUGCCAGUAUAUUCGGUAAUGUAUCAGCAAUUAUUCAAAGAUUAUACAGUGGAACAGCUCGAUACCAUACACAGAUGCUACGUAUAAAAGAAUUUAUCAGGUUCCAUCAGAUUCCAAACCCCCUACGACAGAGACUGGAGGAAUAUUUUCAGCAUGCUUGGUCAUACACAAAUGGCAUUGAUAUGAAUAUGGUACUGAAAAGUUUUCCAGAAUGUUUGCAGGCCGAUAUUUGUCUACAUUUGAACAAAACGCUGAUCAACAAUUGUCAGGCAUUCAAAGGUGCCAGUCCGGGAUGUUUGAGGGCACUCUCUAUGAAGUUUAAGACAACACACGUCCCACCUGGGGACACGCUACAACAUCGUGGGGACGUCCUUACAGGUCUCUACUUCAUCUCCCGUGGCUCCAUAGAAAUACUCAAGGAGGACAUCGUCGUGGCAAUACUGGGUAAAGAUGACGUGUUUGGAGAAAAUAUAUGUAAACACGAAACAAUUGGAAAGUCGAGUUGUAAUGUUAGAGCACUCACAUACUGUGAUCUACACAAGAUUCAUCGCGAUGAUCUCAUGGAAAUACUCGACAUGUAUCCCGAGUUUUCUGAGCAUUUCACCACUAACCUGGAGGUGACCUUUGACCUCCGAGAUGAGGAUUUGGUGAUCAGACGGGCCGACAACGAGAGUAGCUAUGGUGCUAGACAGAUGUUGAGGAAGAGGCGGUCAGUGAAGUCUGACCACUCCUCAGGGUCCGGCUCUCCAGAUGAAGUCAGCAAAGAAUAUAAGUUCCGCCCAUCACGAGCUCGCCGUUUACGACGGCAUGUGAACCAGUCAGAGGGCCAGAUGAUGUCUACGUCAUUUGACUCCAGCGAGGAAGAAAUCCAGGAAAAAAAAUUAAAUAGUGCCAGUCCGGGAUGUUUGAGGGCACUCUCUAUGAAGUUUAAGACAACACACGUCCCACCUGGGGACACGCUACAACAUCGUGGGGACGUCCUUACAGGUCUCUACUUCAUCUCCCGUGGCUCCAUAGAAAUACUCAAGGAGGACAUCGUCGUGGCAAUACUGGGUAAAGAUGACGUGUUUGGAGAAAAUAUAUGUAAACACGAAACAAUUGGAAAGUCGAGUUGUAAUGUUAGAGCACUCACUUACUGUGAUCUACACAAGAUUCAUCGCGAUGAUCUCAUGGAAAUACUCGACAUGUAUCCCGAGUUUUCUGAGCAUUUCACCACUAACCUGGAGGUGACCUUUGACCUCCGAGAUGAGGAUUUGGUGAUCAGACGGGCCGACAACGAGAGUAGCUAUGGUGCUAGACAGAUGUUGAGGAAGAGGCGGUCAGUGAAGUCUGACCACUCCUCAGGGUCCGGCUCUCCAGAUGAAGUCAGCAAAGAAUAUAAGUUCCGCCCAUCACGAGCUCGCCGUUUACGACGGCAUGUGAACCAGUCAGAGGGCCAGAUGAUGUCUACGUCAUUUGACUCCAGCGAGGAAGAAAUCCAGGAAAGUGGAGCAGGUAUCCUGGAGUUUACACCCAGUAAGGCCGGGCAGGAUAUUACUCCAGCUAACUUUGAAUUUGAUUCCAAGGACGACAAAAAGCGGCCAGGCUUCUCCUCGAUUGCAGCUGGAGCCCUAGCUAAUGUUAACAACCUUGUGAAUGCUGUGACUGGACGCUAUGAUCAUCAGGGCAAGAAAAUGGACCAAGAUACUGCACCUCUUCUACAGGACCAAAGUCAGAGUUCCGACACACAGCCCAAAGGGAUGUCCAGUUCCAGCAUGCCUAAGUCAACCUCGUCCAUGACCCUGCCUGUGUCCAGUCCUUCUACCCAAUCUCAGUUUGAGGAGGCUCAAGGGCAGACAACCUUCAUUCCCACGGAGACUUGUCCUGGGGACCCAAAUGACGGCCAUUCCAGUCCUCAGGAUGUCGAGAGACGACUUGACGAAUUAGCAAGGCAGCUGACAAGACUGGAGAGAAAAAUGGGUUGUGAUAUUGCCAUGAUCCUGAAUAUCCUCCGCUCACAGACUGUGGAGACCUCUCACUCACAGAUACCCUCCGACCCCCGUGUGACCCCACCCGAUGGUAAUCUCCCUCCUCCCCCAGACUACAACCAAAUCCAGGAGGAUGACGAUACCUUUGGGUAUCAGGAGACCGCAGACAAAUCAGGGAAGUCACAGGAUUCUGCAAAACAAUCCAAGAUGGUGAGUGAUACUGAGGACAGUGAGGACGGGCCGUGGAAACCCAGGACUGAUUGUGAUAUUGUUUCUCCGUUAUCAAAUAUUCCCACUAGUGACAAUUCCAUUUCCCUAUGUGAUCCGACAGACAGUACACAUUCAUCUUCAUUCAGCCAAUCACAAACUGUGUCUCCUUUGUCUGAGGCAGUUUCUCCAAUCAGCCAAUCAGAAGAUCCAGCUCAAUCUCAAAUCAGCCAAUCACAAUCGUCCUCUCUGUCGCCGACGACACGGCGUCGUUUGGGUAUACCUGACGGAGUGGACAUGAGAAACACGAUUGUUUAGUUAUAUUGUUGUUAUUUUUAGUUAUAAUUAUUCGUUGGCACUCUUAACUUUACAUUUGUUCUUAUCCAGACAUUGGCCAAAAUAUUGACUUACGAGAACGUAUGCUGAGGUUUACUACUGUACAUCACGUUAACUUAGAUACAGAGCUUUUUCAGUGUUCAUUCUAAAACAAAUACAGAUCUGUAACAGUGAGAAAUAUUGCAAAUGAUCGGAGCUAAAUCUUUAGAAAAAAAAAUAUCCAUAAUGCAAAAUCUUUAUACGUAGAGACAAGCAAAUAUAACAUUAACAUAGCAUUAUAAAAUUGAUAGAAAUAGUUUACAAUUACAAUAAUUAUCUAUGUUCUAGACUUUAUAUACUAUUUAGCAAAUACAAUGCAAAAAGUGAGUUGUGGUUGUUAACUGUAAGGAUAACUAAUGUAAAAGACGAGUGGUAUGUUUGCCUCAAAGACAAUGUGAUAUCUGUAUAACGUAGUACUGAAAGUAGUCUCGGUUUUAGUUAUGUAUUCCAUUGUUAUCUUA